CGGAGAGAGGGCGACAUGUUCGCGACCAGAAUAUCACACGUGUUAAAAGUCGGCUUGCGCAAAAAUACUCCAUUCGUUAAACGACCGUUGACAUUUUUAGGCGAUUGUCUGCAGUCGCAGUGUUUCACCAUGGCCACCUAUUCAGUAGUCGAAAGAGGUUCACCCUACACGGCCGAUUACAGGGUUUACAUACACGACCAAAAUGGGCCCAUUUCACCCCUUCACGACAUCCCAUUGGUGGUGGAUGCCAACAAAAAGAUUUUCAACAUGGUUGUCGAAGUGCCCAGGUGGACCAAUGCUAAAAUGGAGAUUACAAUGAAGGAAAUCCUGAACCCAAUCAAACAAGACGUGAAAAAGAACAAACCCAGGUUUGUGGCUAACUGCUUCCCUCACCAUGGAUACAUCUGGAACUAUGGUGCUUUGCCUCAAACUUGGGAAAACCCUGAGCAUUUGGAUGAUGGCACUGGUUGCAAGGGAGACAAUGAUCCAAUUGAUGUUAUUGAAAUUGGAUACAGGGUUGCAAAGAGGGGAGAGAUUUUGCAAGUCAAAAUUCUGGGAACCAUUGCGUUGAUUGAUGAAGGUGAAACUGAUUGGAAACUCAUUGCAAUUGAUGUGAAUGAUCCACUGGCUGAACAAAUGAACGAUGUUGCCGAUGUCGAUAAACAUUUCCCAGGACUUUUGAAAGCAUCUGUAGAAUGGUUCAAGAUCUACAAGAUUCCUGAUGAUAAACCAGAAAAUCAAUUUGCUUUCAAUGGUGAAGCUAAACCGGCUGUUUUCGCACAUAAAAUCGUCGAUGAAGUCCACAAAUUCUGGAAACAAUUGGUUUCUAAGGAAGUUGACUCGAAAGGAAUUUCAUGUGUGAACACCACUUUGGAAGGAAACUCCUUUAAAAUUUCCGUUAGCGAAGCUAACGAAGUCAUCAAUAAGACACCAGCACUUGGCGCAGCAGCUGAAUUAGAUCCCAUUGUAAACAAAAUUCAUUUUAUAACUCAUCAGAGUCGCUCUAAGUUGUAAAAUUUGAUAAAUGGCACUACGUCCACUUGAAAUGAAGAACUAGCGUGGAAUAAUUCCAAUUUUCUAUGCAUUUAUGGUUGUAGAUACUACCUAUUUAUUUUGAACACUUUGUGUCUGUUUUUCUUUAUACAUCCGGUGAUACAUAUACUUAUGGAUUGAUUUUAA